AAGUAUAAAACGGCCGGCAUAUGGGCCCACCGAGCAUAUCUUCAGCACCCCGUCAUGGCUCCGCUGCUGAUCCUUUUGAUUUGUUCCAUAUGGGGAGUCUUGGGAGAGGAAAUCUCACAAAAGAAAAGGCAAACGCCUUUUGGUCCGGAACAACAGUAUGUUCAAGAAAGGCAAGCCGCACCUCAACAGUUACCGCCUGAAUAUCUGAGUCUGCUGCGACAAUUUGAAACGCAGGCAUUUUCGGGGGUUCAACCUCAACCUGAUUUCCAGCAAGCUUUAGCUGCAGAUCCUAGGUCUCCGCAACGUUUUGUAGGACAACCUCCAAGGCGACCUCCUCCCAGGCUGUCUCCGCAGGCUCAAGAGCAGAGGAGACUUCAAGAAGCGGUCGCUCAGAAGAAUGUAAGGGAACAAGAAUUUAGGGACGAGCUGAGGCAGCAGCAGGUCCAGUUGCAGCAGUUUUACCAACAACAGGGCUUGGAUCCUCAAUACGCGCGUCAGCUUCAAGCCAGUGCGGUUCAACAACUCCAAGCCCAGCAAGCGGCACAACAACAAGCUCGCCUAGCAGCCCAGCUUCAGGAACAGCAAGUGGCACAGCUUCAGGGACAACAGGCGGCGCAACUUCAAGCUCAGCAAGUGGCGCAACUUCAGGCGCAACAAGCGGCUCAACUUCAAGCACAGCAAUCCGCACAUCUUCAAGCCCAACAAACCACCCAACAGCAACAACUUCAAGCCGUUCAGCAACAGUAUGUGCAGCCUCAGCAACAAUACGUUCAGACGCCGCAACCUCAAUUCGUAAGGACGCCGGUCCAAUUGCCGCAGACCUCUUUGCAUCCUCAGUUCGUUCAACAACCGGGUGAAAGGGUGUCGUACAGCCAAGUUCGUUUCGGUACCACGAAGCUCGCACCCCAGCCGAGCCUUGUCACUCAACCUUCUGUGAGGCCGCAAUCGCAACCUCAAGAACUGGUUUAUGCCCAGCCACAACAACUGGUAUACAGACAGCCUCAGAAUGUAGUAUACGAACCGCAGUUGCAAAAAACGGCUGUCGUCGACCAAAAGCAGACGCCCGAGCAGUAUUUGAUCGAAACGACCAGACCCGUCCAGCAAGAAGUGAGCAUCCCACGACAGAGACCGCAGGUAUACUACAGGCCGCAGGCUAAUUACAACGAUGUUCAGGCUUCGGUCGCCGCCCAGCAGCAGCAGGCCCAGUACGUGCAACAACUGCAAGAAGCGACGACUCCGUCCCCUAGGUCGUCGAUCUUCGUUUCCACCUCGCGGACCCCCGUCACUCUCAAGCCGACUUACGCCAGGCAGCAAUUAGAAGAAGUGAGGCUGCCUAAGAACGACUACCGAAGGCCCUUGACCCAAGUCGAGUUGAACGCACUCGUCAACGCAGGAUUCAAAGUCACCCCUUCGCCCGAACAGUCCGGAUCGGAAGGACAGCAGCCCGCCUACUACAGGUCACUCGGCAAAAGACAGAACAAGCCCAUCCCUAGGCCGGUCCCACUCACAGAACAAGAAAGGAGUAACUUGGCCAGACAGGGAAUAACCAAUUUGUACAGGGUGGACGCUGCAGAAAGCCAGGACGCACCACCGACCUACGUCCUCGCAAUCGGUGGACCUUCGCGCACAAAAUCAUGAAAACUACCCAUUAAAUAAAUUAUUUGUAAUGUAAUCUUUAAGUAUACAUGACAUCUAUUGUACAUGAGUUCCAAAAUGUCCAAAUUUGACAUUGCCAUAAACUGAACAAAACUCUUCAUUGUAAAUAACAACAAAUUAUUCAUUUGUAUAUGACAUUAAACGAUUUUUAUACAGUAAUUUAA